CCUAAUCAAUUUGGUUUCUGCAAAGAAACGUUGAACUUUCAGAACGGAACUGUAUAAAAAGGUUUGCUUUUGUAAUCUUCUGCUUAUGAGAUGAUUGGAAAGGAAGGACUCAGCCAAUAGAGUCAUAGAGAUAUGGGCAACUGCACGAGCUUCAGUCUUCCAAAAUGGGGAUUCAGUGAGCUGCACCGCGAUGGCAUGGUUUCUGUUGACGAGGAUGGAACUCAUGAAGGCAUAAAGACGAUUCGGAUUCAGAAAGCCUGUGAAUUCGUUACCAACUCUGUGCUCUGUGUCUGCAUUAUCACAUGGAACAUGAACGGCAAGAUGUCUUUCCAGGAUGUAAGGAAGCUGGUGAGCUCCGACAGGAAGUUUGAUUUGCUGGUUAUUGGGCUGCAAGAAGCCCCAAAAUCUGGUGUUGCUCAAGUUCUGCAGGAAGCCAUGGCUGAUACACACAUAUUGCUAUGCCAGAAAAACAUGCAGUCUCUUCAUAUGUAUCUUUUCGGGGCAAAGAGUUCGGAAUCAUAUAUCAGAGAGAUGAAGGUGGAUAAACACGCAGUCGGAGGCUGCGGUGGUGUAAUUGGGAGGAAGAAAGGAGCUGUGGCCAUGUACAUCAAUUUCAGUGGGAUCCGGAUGGUGUUUGUGUCCUGCCAUCUUGCAGCUCAUGAACGUAAGGUGGAGAAGAGGAACUCUGAAUGCCAACAUAUUUCACACUCGCUGUUCUCCAAGAAUGACAUUCAUUAUGCCAAAUCUGCUGACAUAACAGUGUGGCUUGGCGACUUGAAUUACAGAUUAGAAGGAAUAAGUUCGAUGCCUGCAAGGAAGAUGAUUGAGGAGAAUCGUCAAAGUAAGCUAAGAGGCAAAGACCAGCUUCUGCAAGAGGCUGAGAAGGGUCAAGUUUUCAACGGGUACUGUGAAGGGACCUUGUCUUUCAAGCCAACAUACAAAUAUAAUGUUGGAAGUAGCAACUAUGAUACAAGUUACAAGAUCAGAGUGCCAUCUUGGACAGAUAGGAUAUUGUUCAAGGUUGACCAUACUUCUGGCUUGGAUGCGAUAUUGAGUUCAUAUGAAGCACUUGAUUGCGUUAGGAGCUCCGAUCACAAGCCUGUGAAAGCUCAUCUUUGUCUGAAAGUAGGUGGUGGCGAUGCGUAGAUUUAUGUUACACUUGACAUAGUGCAAGUAUGUUAAAAUGAUUGAUUUGUUGUAACAACACUUGUAAAGGAAAACUGCACCCAGCAGUCAGUGUACUAUUACCAAGU